CGGUCAUGUCGGUCAAUGAACCAUUGAAAACAGUGGCUCUGUAGUUUCGGAUUAGAUAAAUCAAUGUGUUUUUACCUACUGUUUUAGUUUUUAUUCGAAUCGAUUCCAAGCUGUUUUCAGUACCUAUUUAACAUAAUGACAGAGAAUAACCCAGUAAUAUUAGUGACUGGAUUUGGUCCUUUCGGGGUUCAUCUUGUCAAUGCCAGUUGGGAAGCUGUUAAACUGCUGCCAGAUGAAUUUCAUGGACACAGAAUCGUGAAGAAAGAAAUACCAGUCUGUUAUAAGGAUGUCGAUGAAAAAAUUCCUAACAUGUGGAUGUCUAUGCAACCAAAGUUAGUCAUUCAUGUAGGGGUUUCCAGUGAAGCCAGGAAAAUAACCAUUGAAAAGACUGCAAAUCGUAAUGGAUAUGAGAAACUCGACUGUUUCGGAAAGAAGCAUUCAACUGGAAAUGUUUGUCCGAGAGAUCUCGGCGAUGAUUUCAUAAAUACCUCUAUAAAUGUGCCUGAAAUCUGCGAAAUACUCAACAGCCAUGAUAGUACCAUCAAAUACUGCUCAUCAGAAAACGCGGGAAGAUACUUAUGUGAAUAUAUCUACUACACAUCUCUGAGAUUAGACAGAAACAGAUGUAUUUUCAUUCAUGUACCACCUUUGGAUAGUCCAUAUACAGCUAAGGAAUUGAGUGAUGGCAUUCUACAGAUAAUUAAUUGCGUGUUGAAAGGAGAUUACUCUCAACAAAAGAGUGUAUCUGUGGAAAAAGUUGAUUUUCUUUUAUCCCCUUUUAUUCAGUUUUUUUCCAUUAAUUUAUACUAAAAAUCUA